ACCAGACUAGUGCACUCCUCUGUAAUGUAAUGUUUUAAUCGUAGCAGCUUGACAGUGUGGACUGCAGAGGGCAGGUUAGGUCAGUAAGGCUGGAGGUUUGGUUUCCCUGAAUGGGAUUCUAUGAAGGGGAUUAUGGGGACCAGUCCAGGGCGACCUAGGGAUGGGAAACUAAAGGAUUGAUUCAAAACGUUGGACCUGGACUCCAUCAGAACAGGCACAGCUGCCCAGGAAUAAAGACCUUGUCGGCACUGAGACGAAGGCAGAGCUCUGACCCAGAAUGCAGUGUUGGGACAACCUGAUCAACACCCUGAGCUGUGUGCUAUUCCUGAUGGGAGUGAGCCACCUGGUGCGUCUGCCCCAGGCCCCCUACGGACGCUACCUGGACUUGGGGCUGACCUCCUCCUCCUCCAUGCCCAGGAUGAUGCCUGCUAGGCUGGCCUGGUUCCUCCAGGAGCUCCCCUCUCUCCUGGUACCCCUGAUGAUGAUGACUACCACACCCAACCACACGGGGUCCAGCCUGGGGACCAGCCUGCUACUGGGGACCUUUUGUCUGCACUACUUCCAGAGGACGUUUGUGUACUCGGUGCUGAUGCGAGGACGACCGUUCCCCCUCCGUGUGAUGAUAGAGGCGGGGGUGUUCUGCAGUCUGAACGGGUUCACACAGAGUCACUACCUGGUCCACUGUGCCCACUACCACCCCACAUGGACCUCUGACACACGCUUCCUCAUUGGUUCAACCCUGUUUCUCCUGGGAAUGGCUAUCAACGUCCACAGUGACUAUCUUCUACGGAACCUGAGACAGCCAGGAGAAGUGGUCUACAAGAUCCCUAAAGGUGGUCUAUUUCGAUACGUGUCGGGGGCCAACUACUUUGGUGAAAUUGUGGAGUGGUUUGGCUACGCCAUGGCAACCUGGUCGCUGACUACCUUCUCCUUUGCCUUCUGCAGUAUGUGCUUUAUUGGACGACGGGCAGUCCACCACCACAGGUACUACCGUGAGACGUUCCAUGACUACCCCAGGUCACGGAAAGCUCUGAUUCCAUUCAUCUUCUAAAGAACAGACGAAGCUCCUGCAUUCCAACCAUAGGACUGGGAUACCCCAAACAAGCUCUUUAGCAUCGGGCUUGCAUUCCAACCAUAGGACUGGGAGACCCCAAACAAGCUCAUUU